AUGAGUCUGUCCAUGGAGGAGCUGGAGGCGACAGCUCAGGAAGUGCUGGGCAGACUGAGCAGCCACCAGCUGUUCCAGUCCUCAUGGGACACCGCUGCCUUCAUUGUCUUCCUCACCUUCGUUGGCACCGUGCUGUUCCUGCUGCUGCUGGUCCUCGCCCACUGCUGCUGCAGCUGUUGCUGCAGCUCGCCCAGGCAACAUAGGGAGAGCGCCGGCAAGAAAAGACACAAGGGAGUAGACAACUUGGCCCUGGAACCUUAA